AUGAUGGUUAAACAUAUAGUGGAAAUGCCAGUUAAGGAAGACUGGCUUAGCCUUUUACGCAGAUUAAGAGAAAACGCUAGUGAAAGAUCGAAUUAUUUGCUUAAACGCUUCGCUCGCAGUCUUACUAUGAAAUCCUUAUAUGAAGAUUUCAGUAAGGAAUAUAACAAGUUAGGCCAUUCCAGAAAAAUUGCUAAAAAGAAUAACUUUAGUUUUUCAUAUUAUCUCCCUCAUUAUGACGUUUUCAGGUCUGAUAAAUCUAGCACUAAACUCGGGGUAGUGUUCGAUGUCACUGCUCUUAUGACUACUGGAAUCUCGUUAAACGAUGUUUUACUGAAUGGAGGGUUGGUUCAAGACAAACUAUUUGAUAUUAUUUACAGAUUUCGUGCUCACAAAUUUGCCUUCACAGCAGACAUUGUUAAAAUUGUAUUGUUAGAUUUUGAUUAA